UGCCUCUUGGGCCCUUCCAGCCCUCCCGCCCCCAGGCUCUGUUCUCGGCACCCCGACCCUCCGGGCCUCGCCCCAGCAGCAAGGCGGUUCGGGCGACCCUACAAUAACCUAGCCCCUGCCACCGAGAGGCAGCCCCAGGGAGAAGCCCGAUCCUGCGGGGUGCUGAGCCCUGAGUACCUGUAGCACCCACAGGAGCCCCUGUGGAUCGGGGAUGCCCAGGGCAGCGCAGGGUCAGGCCCCCCGAACAAAGGAGCCAGUCCGAUGUUGGCUCCCACCGCCUGUGAACGUGUGAACACUUACAGGAUAAGCAGUCAAGAAAGUCUCCGCUAGACAGAAGAUGUGUGUUUUUGUUUUGUUUUUGUUUUUGAGUGUUAGAACAAAAUGUUGAAGUAGCUAACAUACCAAAUCCUAUGAACAAUGACAACAUUUCAGUGGCUGGUGGCAAUGCUAUUGAUAUUACACAUUUUGAACUUUGUUGGAAUUAAUUAUGCCCUCAGUGGAGAAAGAAGCAGUGAAAACACAUCUUUUCCUAUAGCAACAAAUGGACAGCCAUUUCCGUGGAAUAAAUUAAGGCUCCCUGAUUGGAUUCUUCCAGUCUAUUAUGACCUUCUAAUUCACCCGAAUCUGACUUCAUUAAUAUUCAUGGGAUCUGUGAAGAUUCAAGUCACUGUGGUACAUGAAACUAGCACCAUAGUCUUACAUAGCAAACAUCUGGAAAUCACCAGUGCAGCUAUUGAGGAGGAAAAUGGAAAGACCCAAGCAGAUUUAAAAGUCUUGGAAUACCCGCCCCAUGAGCAAAUUGCCUUUCUAUAUGCUGAGCCAUUGCUGGUGGAUAAGAAGUAUUUCCUUUCUAUAAACUAUAUUGCCAAUCUUUCAGAUGGUUUCUAUGGCUUUUAUAAAAGUACUUACAAAACUAAGGAUGGUCAAACAAGAUUGUUGGCUUCUACUCAUUUUGAACCUACUUCAGCCCGCAUGGCAUUUCCAUGUUUUGAUGAACCAUCCUUUAAGGCAAAUUAUACAAUAAAGAUUCGGAGGGAUGGGCAACGUAGUGCACUAUCUAAUAUGCCAAAGGUAAAGACUCUAAAGCUAGACAACCACCUGUUUGAAGAUCACUUUGCAGAGAGUGUAAAAAUGAGCACCUACUUGGUAGCAUUUAUAGUUAGUGAUUUCCAGUCAGUCAGUGGUACAACUUCAUCUGGAAUUAAGGUGUCAGUAUAUGUCACUCCAGAGAAACUGAAUCAAGCUCAUUAUGCACUGGAAGCUGCCAUAAAGAUAUUGGAAUUCUAUGAGCAAUAUUUUGGUAUCUAUUACCCUCUCCCAAAACAAGAUCUUGUUGCUGUCCCUGACUUUCAGUCAGGAGCCAUGGAGAACUGGGGCCUGACCACAUACAGAGAGACUUCUCUGCUUUAUGAUCCUGAGACUUCUUCAGCUUCUGACAAACUUUGGGUUACCAUGGUGAUAGGACAUGAACUUGCUCAUCAGUGGUUCGGUAAUCUUGUUACCAUGGAAUGGUGGAAUGACAUCUGGCUGAAUGAAGGGUUUGCUCGAUACAUGGAAUUUAUAUCUGUUGAUGCCACAUACCCAGAGUUGCAAGUGAAUGAUUAUUUGUUAGGUACCUGCUUUGCAGCAAUGGGAAGAGACUCUAUGAACUCAUCUCGCCCCAUAUCUUCAAAAGCAGAAAACCCAACACAGAUCAAGGAAAUGUUUGAUACUGUGUCAUACGACAAGGGGGCUUGCAUUCUGCACAUGCUGCGGAACUUUCUGACUGAAGAGGUGUUCCAGAAUGGAAUAAUUCAUUACUUAAAGAAACACAGUUAUAGUAAUGCAAAGAAUAAUGAUCUCUGGAACAGCUUGGCUAAUACAUGUUCAGAAGAGGACUUUACUUCUGGUAAAUUUUGUUACAGCAAAAGUCAGGUGGCUAAGAAUGCACAUAGCUAUUAUGUUGAUGAACACUUUGAUAUUGCGGAGAUAAUGAACACAUGGACACUCCAGAAAGGAAUUCCAUUGAUUAUUGUCGAACAAAAUCAGAAGAGAAUUAAAAUAAGACAAGAACGCUUCUUGAAAGGCAUUUUCCAACAUGAUCCUCAAUGGGCCUCAAUGCAAAUUGGCUUCCUCUGGCAUGUUCCCUUGACGUACAUCACAAGCCACUCCAAAAGUAUUGGAAGACAUUUACUGAAGAACCACUCAGAUACCAUAGAACUGGUGGAAGAUGUCAAUUGGGUAAAAUUCAACGUGGACAUGAAUGGCUAUUACAUUGUGCACUACGAGGGGAAUGGAUGGGACACAAUCAUUGAACUGUUGAAUCAGAACCACACCAUCUUCAGCUACAAGGACCGAGCCAACCUGAUCCACAAUGCAUUUCAGCUAGUCAGUGCAGGAAGGCUAUCACUGGAUAGAGCUCUUGAUCUGAUGCAAUAUCUCCAACAUGAAUCCAGUAACAUAGUACUUCUGCAAGGCCUGGAUUACCUGGCAGCGAUCUAUCACAUGAUGGAGAGAAGAAAUAUUUCCGAUGUCACAGAAAGUCUCAAGCGGUACAUCCUGCAGCAUUUUAAGCUGGUGAUUGACAGGCAGACCUGGAGUGAUGAGGGCUCCAUCUCUGAUAGAAUGCUACGUUCUGCUCUCCUCGAGCUUGCAUGCGACCUGCAAUAUCCUCCCUGUGUCCAGAAGGCAAAUGAGCUUUUCAGCAAGUGGAUGGGAUCGGGUGGAAAUUUAACUAAUAUUCCUUCUGAUGUCCUGGAGACUAUAUAUUCUGUUGGAUCUAAAACAGCUGAUGGCUGGAAUUUUCUUUUGGAGAGAUAUAAAGUGUCCAUGUCUGGUGCUGAACAGAGAAAGAUCUGUUCAGCUUUGGCAAGCUGUAAAGAUGAUGCAAAACUAACAAGAUUGCUGGAGCUUGCAAUGGAGGGACAUAUAAUCAAGACUCAAGACCUGUCAUCAGUUAUCUAUAGUGUCAGCACAAAUCCAGCUGGACAACAUCUUGCAUGGAAGUUUGUAAAGAAAAAUUGGAGCAAACUGCUAGAAAAAUUUCCUCUGGGGUCCUUCUCAAUCAGAACAAUUAUAAUUGGAGUGACAGCGCAGUUUUCCUCAAAACAAGAGCUGGAAGAGGUGAAGUUGUUUUUUGAAUCUGUAAAGGAGAAAGUGUCACAGCUGAGAGCACCCCAGAUUGCAGUGGAGAAUAUUGAGAAGAAUAUAAAAUGGCUGGACAGAAAUUUAGUUACAUUAACAAAAUGGAUAUUGGAGAAUCUUAAGUAAAGCUGGGAUCAUUGAGAUCAUUGAGAUCAGAUGAAAGAGUGCGGUAUUACUCCAUGCUUUGAAAUAACACAUUUAAAAUCAAACUAGAUAUUUUUUCAUCUGAACAGAUGCAUAAUUGCUGCAGUACUUUAUUGAACAUCGUUCUUGUUGAAUUAUGCAGUUCAUUUAAUGAAAACCUUCCUGACAUCUGAUUGUUUAUUUUUAUGAAAUUUGGGCUGCCAUGUUUACAUUGGUUUUGUGUUUGUCUUUAUAUAUGGUUCUGUUUGGAUAUUUAGGUGUUUAAGCCAAUUGAAGGACUGUAGCUAUAGACUUGGAAGAGCGUGUGUAUGUUCAUGUUCAUGCGUUUUUGAUUUCACAAGAACCUUGUAAAAUUAACUUUGAAGUCCCAGAGUGGGUUACAUAUGUAACUUAGGCCUUCUAUUAAAUUUCUUAACACCUGCAUAGAACCUAGCCCUGCCACCGUGUACCUUACUUAUUGUUCUUGGUCAGUGAUUUCCUCUGUUCUCUAAAAAAGCAGCUUUCCCCACGUUUUGCCUUUGGCAGUUUAAGAAAUAUAAAACAACUUCUAUCAAAGACAAAAUGCUGUGUAAGGUUCAUGAUAGAUGAAAACAACUUAGUUUCAUUUUAAAAAGCUUCACAAUAAGCGUAUUUCUACCUUUUUAGAUUCCUCUAGUAUAGAAAUUGUAUGUCUCUUAGACAAAUCCAAAAUCAAGGAUUUUUUUAAGAGACCAAAAUAUCUCACAGAUGUGAGAUAACUGUUUAGCUAAGAAACUGGAACAAAAUACCACUGUAUGUUUAGAUAAUAUUGGAGACUGUGACAUGAAACAAAUUGUGGUAAAAAAUCCAACAUUAAGCUUGACAUCAUCAGGGAAGCAAAUCUAGGACCCUUUUUGAAGGCUCUUGGUUGGCCCUCUUCCUUCAAGACCCAAGAUUUAAUGAGUGACUCCAAACCAUGUCAUACUGCUGUGCUGUGCCCACUGAGUAAUAGAGACGGUGGCCCAGAUCCUCAAAGGUAUUUGGGUGCCUAUCUUUCAUUGAAAUCCAUGUGAGUUAGGCGCCUAUUGACUUUGGAGGAUCUGGGCUUAUGUCCUGAACUGGCAUGAGUGUUCAUGGAGGAAAUUAGGAGAAGUAGUAGAUUGUGAGGAUGGGGAAUCUGCAAUUGGCUAUGAUAAAGGGUAUGAUGUCUUGAUUCUCCACGGGGCUUAAGUUAACACUCCAGAACACUCUGUCAGCACAUAGCUUAUACUUCACGCUGCGUGGCACUGGAGUGUGAGCAGUACACAGCGCUACAGCAGCACAACUUUCAACCUGCCCUUUGCGAGCUGGGGAAGUCCCGUGAGCUGGGGGACUCCUGUGACUCUCAUAUAGCAGCGUUGUCUGAAUGAGUCCUGUUCUCACGUCUACUAUUUUACUGUUCUUUGUCUUAUGUUAAAACUAAUGGGACUUGUGGGUAGGCCCUGAGAGAAUAUCUCUGGGUUUAAUCCUGCAAAGAGCUUAGAGUUUCCUGCCCUCAACAUCCACUUAUUUCAGUGGAAGUUGUGAGCAUUCAGCACUGUGUAGGAUUGGGCCCUUGAGAGUUUUAAUUUGGAAUUGGGCUUUUUUUCCCCUCAAACACAUUGUGGGAUGAGUUAUGGACGGAGGAUUAGCCUUAACUUUUGAAUUUCUAGGCUUUCUCGGGCUUGACACUUAAGCAAAAUUCCCAUUGACGACAGCUGCCAUGCUGAUCAUUUCUGUUCUAAAUAUGGGACUGCCAGACUGAUCAGUGCAUCGAAAACUGCAUCUCUUAAAUAUUAAUAAAUUAUAACUGAUCUACUGUACCUGAGAGACAAGCUUUGGAAGCAUUUCUGUGGCAGUGACUGGUUCCAUGGCUGCCACUACUGCUGUCUGGCAGUAGGAGUGCCUGGAAAACUCUUUUAAAUGCCCACUAUUCACAUCAUUUGCAUUCCCUAGAUUGCACCUUAUAUUGUGGCCAUGUAAUACCUCACAUUACGCUCCACUCAGCCACAAGAGUUUGCUCACAGUGCUGAGCUCUGUGCAUUUGUCUCUGAGCUAUGCAGAAUCCUUUUGGAAUAGCUACUGAGUAAACACUGUUUGUUGAUCAAUAGUGCUUUUGAUUUUCUUUUUUGUUUGUUUGUUUUUGUAGAACUCAGCAACCUUUAGGACUGUGCCUUUAGAAAAUCCCUGAGGCAAGGGUGGUGUCUUUCUUUUUGUACAAAGCCAACUACAUUGUUGUUCAAUAAAUAAAUAAAUUCA